AACUUGCCUUAUGAGGAAAGAUUUAAGCCUGAAAAUGUCAUCCUUGUUGGUUUGAUGCCUGGCCCUAAGGAGCCAAAGACCAAAGAGAUUAACCACUAUUCAAAGCCAAUAGUUGAUGAAUUGCUGCAGUUGUUUACGGGGAUAACCAUCCCAACCUUUGAGUGCCCAGCUGGUGUUAAUGUAUGUGCCGCAUUACAUAUGAUUGUCUGUGACAUCCCCGCCACCAGGAAGACCAGUGGAUUCACCAUCCACAACAGUACUUGUGCAUGCCUCAGAUGU